AUGGAGCUGCAGGAGCUGCGGGCGCUGGGGCUGGGCCCGGGGGCCGCCCUCGACGACCGGGACCUCAGCUCAAACUGGUUCAGCCUGCAGUCGACGCAGCGGGUGUACAACACGUUCAGCUUGUGGGACGCCGACAGCAGCGGCAGCCUGUCGCGCGCCGAGUUCAGCCGCAUCAGCCAGGGCACCAUGAGCGAGCUCUUCAUAGCGCGCGUGUUUGAGGAGCACGUCGCGGCGCCGCGCGGGGACGUCCUAGGCGCGGCCAGCGGCGAGGAGUCGCCGGGCGGCUUGCCGCGCCUCGGGCUGCGCGUGCGAACGCGGAGCGGCAGCGGUGACGGCAGCGGCGGCGGCAGCGGCGGCGGCGACGGAUCCCCGGCCGGCGCAGUGGAGGGCGGCGCGGCGCGCGCGCGGCGGCGGCCGGCGCCGCCCGAGGGCGCGGGGCCGCGCGACGAGAUGGACAUGAUGGCGUUUGUCGACUUUGUGCUUGCCUGGGACCACAGGAACCACCCUGCGGCGCUCCCCUACUUCUUCUCCAUAUUCGACCUGCAGCACAAGGGCUGCCUGACGCACUCUGACCUGUACACCUUCUUCCGCGAGAUCCACGUCAUGUGGGUGGCCAUGGGGGAGUACGCUGACCUGGCGGUCCACGACGUGCUGGACGAGAUAGUGGACAUGGCCGCGCCGGCGCGGCAGGGGGCGAUCACGCUCAAGGACCUGCGGGAGUGCAAGAUGGCCGGCACUGUGUUCAGCAUCCUGGCCAACGUGGACCAGUUCUACCAGGAGAACUUCAUGCACACGGGCGAGGGCGACGGUGGCGGCGAGCAGGGGCAGCAGCAGGCGGGGGGCGGCUGA